AUGACCACUAAAAAAAGUAAUCGUUGGAAACUCAGGCUUCCGUACUUUGAAAAGAACAAAUUGUGGAGCUUAUUAGAUUUCUUACAUUGGAGUGUAGUAUUUAUCAGUGAUUUCGGAAAAAAGGAAGAAGAGCAUAGAGGAUAUAAAAUUUGUUUAGAACAGCUUGCUAAAAGCCCCGAAUUAUUAAAGUCUCAUAGCAAUCAAUCGGCUCAAAAGUUGGUAUCAAGAUGCUUGGAAUCAUAUGAGUCGAGUCUAAGAAAGUGCCUUGUUAUAGUCCUUCCUAACCGCUUAAAGUGCUAUGUUGAGUCAGAAUAUCCGCUCGUUGAGUCGAAAAUCCCAGGAUCGUAUCCUUGGAAUGAAAAGCAAUCACUUGGAGUAGAAAACUUUUGGAAGACCAAAAGUAGUGUCGUGGAAACGUUACAAAGAGCAUCCACCUUGAAUUCUCUAAAUAUAAUUAAUCGAAUGGUGGACUUACAUUCCGAUUAUAAUAAUGCAUUGGCUAAUGCUACACGAGAAAAUAUUGAGCCAGCUCUAAAAACAGAAAAGACGAGGAACGAUGAGACCGAUUCAAAUGAUACAAUAACGGACGAUAAUAAUGAAGAAGAAGAUCUUGAUGAACCAGAGACAGAAAUGGUGGCUUUAUCUCACAAAAGAAAAAGAGAAGUUUUGCGCAGUUUAGAUAAUCAAGAAAACUAUUCAGAAUUUUCCCAAUCAGAAGUAAAUUUAUCAUAUACUAUUCAAGUUCCAAAAGUUGAGAUGUUAAAAGGGUUGGAGACGAAGACACGCUUAGAAAAAUACAAUAUUUUUUGCCUUUUCGAUGUUGAGUUCCUUUACACAAAACAACUUUUUAAAAAAUUAUCAACAGAACAAGUUAAUGCAAUAAAAAGUAAAUGGACAAUGGCCGAAGAUUCGAUUAACAAAAAAGAUAUCGAUGAACGCUGGAGUGCAUGUUCGUUAAAAGAAUUAGUCGAUAAUUAUAACAAAGUCAUCAAAAAGAAUGUAAAUGAAAAUACAUUUUGUACAGACUUUAACUCACUUAUGACGGAUGUUACAAAACAACAAUUUAAUAAUUAUGAACAUCAAAAAAAUUACGAACUGCUUUGGUGCCAAAACCUUUGCACACAAUUAACUCUUCAGUUAUUACGAAGACACAGUGCUCUGUUGGACAGUAGUACAAGUGAAUAUCAAUAUCGGGACGAAGUAGUAAAUCCUCUUUUGGCGUCGAUCUUUUUUGAUGUCGAUAAUGCAUUGUGGUUGAAAACUGGAGAAAUUGAAAGCAUCACACAAAAAAGACAACGCAAUUUUUUAAAACAAGAAAAUGAACGAGUAAAACUCGGUGCCAAACACGAUGGUAUUUUAUACAUGGAUGUACAAGGUACACCAGUCGAAGUCGGUUUUUUGGAAGUAGUGGGUAAUGCGUUUACUAUGGCAAUAUCCGACAAAAAUGAUGAUCUAGAGAAAUUGUUAAAAGCCAUGAUGUUGUCUCUUUGGUAUCAGCAUGCACAUCAAUUUGAGAGUUUUUCGGAAAACAUGACGUUGCAAUCAUUUUCCAUUUUAGUAUUUGGACGAGAAUUUCACCUUUUAAGCAUGCACUUCAUAGAUGAUAUGUACAUUGUUGACGAAUUCGAUGCUUUCAUUAUACCAGAUUCUGGUAUGAAUUUUUCGCAAAUUGGAAUAAUAAUUGAAAUAAUCAAAAAAUUCAAAAUACGACUGAUAAGGUAUUAUCGUCAACUUGUUCAAAGACCGCGUAGGGUGACUCGAUAUCCAAAACCAGGAUUACCAACUGAUUCACAGUUAAAACUCAAGAGAAAUCAAAAUCCUUUUACUUCCGAUAAAGAAAAUGAACCAGAUGAAGAAUUUUAA